AUGAAACGAUCAUUAUGUGUAGCACUUAAGUCCAUCCUCACAAUAGGCAUCAAAAAGAAGCUCCUUGCUCUCGGUCGCACAGCAAAGCAUCAAGCAGUGCAACUGUGGAUUGAGAGCAUCGUGCGGCAUGCUUAUUGGUGUCCUAAGACAAGUGGAGAUGAUGGGGAGCUGUGCUUCGCUAAGUGGAUGUCCAUGGUGAACCACAUCGUGGAUGUUCAUGAACACGACAACUCGCUGCAGCGAGACCUACUUCAAGCUGAUGACAUUCUCAUGGCACCAGCCCUUCUCAAGGAUAUCCCGAAGCUCUCCUACAAAGAACAGACAUUCGGGCUGGAGGCCUUCCACAGUGUUCUGAUACACUUCAUCUCGAAAACAUGUAUAGCUGUUCUCCAUCACAAUGAAAAUGCAGUCCGUGCACAGUGCGUGAGAGGCGGCUCUAAGGCCUACCGACUCAAGGCAUCUAAAACCAAGAAGUAUUGUGUUACUGUCCCCGUGAUGGAAGCCGCUACAUAUGACUAUGCACGGGAGCUGACCGAAGGAGUCUUGGCGCUCAUCCAGAGAUACCCAACAUUCAAGCUGGCCAAGCAAGCUCUGAAUGUUGAAGUGCAUCCAGCUCGUGCAUCGAGGUACGGCGAGAAACCAAAUCUUGCAGAAGCUGUGGAACAGCACAGAGCCAGAUUCCAUAAGUGA